AUGGUUCUCAAGAAGCUGCUUCAACUCUUUGGAGUUGGCAAGAAAAAGAAGAAGAAUUCCAACAAGAAAGGCAAGUCCAUAGACCCUCUUUGGCAAGGUGCUAGUGCUGCUCCACACUCCACUGUAAAUGUCCUUGCAAGUAACAUUCUUUUGGAUCCCUGUUCAAGUGGGUCUGGUAAUGUGCUGUCACUGCAAAAACAUGAACCUGAAUGUUCAAGUAACAUCUCAUCGAUGAUAAAGGCAGCAGAUGGAUCUGAAAAUGAGGAUCACAAGUUAUUUAACCAAUUUGACGUUGUUCAAGAUUACUCUGACCACCACUAUGCAAAGACCUCACCAGGGAAGAUGAGCAAAGAUUGGACGAAAACAAUCCAAAAUGAAUGGAAGCUUCUACAGAGAGAUCUACCUGGAUCUAUAUAUGUUAGAGUUUAUGAGGACAGGAUUGAUCUGCUAAGGGCUGCUAUUGUUGGGCCUUCUGGAACUCCAUAUCAUGACGGUCUUUUCUUCUUUGAUGUUCGUUUUCCUCCUGAGUACCCGCGAUGUCCACCGAAAGUGUACUACCAUUCAGGUGGGCUUCGACUAAAUCCAAACCUGUAUGAGAGUGGAAAGGUGUGCCUUAGCCUGCUGAACACUUGGUGGGGUUCUGGAUGUGAGAAGUGGAGCAAGUCGAAUUCCACCAUGCUUCAGGUGUUGAUCUCCAUCCAGGGCCUUGUGUUGAAUGAUAAACCAUACUUUAAUGAGCCAGGCUACAAAAACACGGUUAAUACACCUCUUGGUGAAAAGCAUUCCAUGGCAUAUAAUCAGACUGCGUUUGUACUAUCCUGCAAGACUAUGUUGUAUUCACUUCGGAAGCCUCCAAAGCAUUUUGAGACCCUUGUGGUGCACCAUUUCCACGAGCGGGAGCAUGCCAUCCUGGACGCAUGCAGCGCAUACGCGUCUGGCAUUAUCGUCGGAUCAUCGGUCAGGGAUGGCGCGAAGUACGCCUGCGAUAAGUGCUUUGCCGGUUUCAAGAAGUCCCUGGAUGCACACACCGAACUUCUCGCAAAGGAGUUGGCUAACAGAGCUCAAGCGCUGGAACUGAAGGGAGACACGCCAGCUGCAGAUGGGAUCGCGUCUACCAGCUUGGGCCAGACCUGA